UCGAUGUGCUCUAUUCUUCGGCCGUAUCGUCCUUUCCUUUCUCAGCUCUCUCUCUCUCGGCCUUACUUCCCUCGGACACAUCGGCUCUCAACACACGUACAAUCAAGCAAUUAAACCCGACGUUACUACGGCGUAACGAUGACACAGGACGCCGUCAACCGCGACGGAGUGUUACUCGGUACCCCCUAUACGGGUGUAGAUAAGGUGCUCCGGCGAUUACAUUUUUGUGAUCCAGAGACUGUUAGUCCGCCAUCGUAAUGACCGACCAUCGCUCCGUCCAUCUUCGGUAUAGCGUGGCGCACGUGCCCCAUUAGAGUGUUUAUAAUACAAGGGUUCGCUAUUGUGUCAAUCAACUAUCAUGGCUGAACACCAGGACCACGGACCUCUUCCUAGCAGUGACGUUCGUGCCACAGGAAUUGAUGUGAUCGUUGUCGGCGCUGGCUUUGGAGGUAUUGCUUGUGCGAUCGAAUGCAAACGGAAGGGUCAUCGCGUUAUGAUCCUGGAGAAAGUGCCUGAAUUGAAGCAACUAGGUCACCUCGGCCCAAAUGCUGGUCGCAUCCUGGCCAGAUGGGGCCUCCAUGAAAGAUUAUGGGAGGUCUCCCGUUCCGCAGACGCAAUGCACCUCUAUGACUACCUCGGAGGCCUCAUUCAAGUACAAAAGAUGACCUGGCCGCUCUUCGGAGCGUUCGCUUACAAUGGUCAUCGAGGGCUUCUUCACGAAAUCCUGUUUGAGCAUGCGAAGUCCUUGGGCAUCGAGAUUCGCAUGGGACAUCAGGUCGUAGAAUACUGGGAAGACGAAGCGAAUGGAAAGGCCGGCGUCAAAAUCCAAACAGAUGGAGUGAAGAGUUUGGCGAGAAAAUAUGUUAUCGGGUAUCGCGACAACUCAAAACCUUCUGGUUACGCUAUUUACCGGGCGUGGUUUGAUGCUGAAGAGCACGGUAUUGUGACAGACCCAUUGACAAACUUCCUGACUCACGGGGAUCAGUUUCACACGUGGGUUGGUCAAGACAUGCACGUUAUAGCGGUUUCCUCGCGCGGGGGUAAAGCGAUUUGUUUUUUCAUCACUCACAAAGAUAACGCAGCUGUUGAUGGGGACUGGUCGUCCCCGGGUAAGAUAGAAGACAUACUGGACCUUGUGAAAGACUGGGACCCGCGGUGCGCUGCCAUCAUCCGCAAAGCUCCUUCGUGCAUCGACUGGAAGCUUCUCGUCCACGACCCUCUUCCUACUUGGCUCAGCCAAUCUGGUCGCGUGGUAUUGAUUGGCGAUGCGGCUCACCCAUUUUUGCCAUCAAGCGCGCAGGGUGCAUCUCAAGCCAUUGAGGAUGGGGUAACGCUAGCGGUUACGCUGAACCUUGCUGGCAAAGACAAUGUUCGAUUGGGAACGAGGGCAUGGGAAUCGAUUCGGUACCAACGGGUGUAUGAUGCACAGAUGUUGGGUGAGAGUACGCGUGAAAAAUGGCACGGGGCGAAAGUGGGUGAUUCGGGGGAAAGCUUCGAGUUUCCCAUGCCAGAGUGGUUGAUGGCAUUCGACGCUGAAGCCCACGCAUAUGCUGUUUACGAGAGAAUAGCACGGUCUAUAGUUAAAGACGGGUAUCGUCAGCCGUGUCUAGAGGAGGGUGAGGAGGUGAGAGAAGCGGCAUAGGUAAAGAAUCAGAAGUUUACGAGUCUUGAGCGGAUCGCUAGUGUCGAUGGAGGCGAAGAACGAGAUAUCGCCGUUGUAUGUCCUAUCUAGCAUUGCAUCACCCCUUUUUAAUGAAAAGUGCCUGGUUUAAG